AUGGUCGAUAAUGAUGCAAUGAUUGAUGAAGAUGAUGAACAACUUGAUAUUCCCGAUAAUACAAAAAAUAUUCAAUCAAUUCAAUUAGGACAAAUCGAUAUUAACUGUUGGUAUUAUUCGCCAUACAUUGAUAAUCAAGAGGGUUCAAAUGAAAAAUAUCGUACGAUUGAAAAGUUAUAUAUUUGUGAAUUUUGUUUACGAUAUUUUCUUCAUAGUAAAAAUUAUCGACAACAUACGAAUGAAUGUAAUCGACAUCAACCUCCUGGUCGUAAAGUCUAUGAAGAUUUGAAUGGUCUAUCUGUAUAUGAAGUUGAUGGAAAUACAUCUGAACUCUACUGUCAAUGUCUGUGUUUAUUAGCAAAAUUAUUUUUAGAACGAAAGACAAUCUAUUUUGAUGUUAAUCCAUUUCUAUUUUAUGUUUUGGUUGAAUCGGAUAAACGAAUGAAAAAUGUUCAACAUGUCAUUGGUUACUUUUCAAAAGAAAAACUAAGUGAUGAAUUUUACAAUUUGGCUUGUUUAAUGGUAUUGCCUCAUCGGCAACGACAAGGUUUUGGUCGAUUUUUAAUUGCAUUAAGUUAUGAAUUAACUAAACUUGAGAAAAAAACGGGUUCACCCGAAAAACCACUAUCAGCUCUUGGCCAGAUGACAUAUAAAAGUUAUUGGUAUUCGACAAUAUUAACGAAACUUGAUGAAUAUCGUCAUUCACAAAUACAUGCUACAGUUGCACAGCUAAGCAUGGAUACUGGCAUUUGCAUUGAAGAUGUUAUACAAACACUAAUUGAACUUCGACUCGCUUACACAGGUACAUCAACUGGUGAAACCAAUUGUAAGCAACAAGAACCCCGUGAUCAUCGUUGUCGUCGUCGUCGUCGUCAAAAAUCCAAUAGCGAUUCUGAUCAAUGCGAUGAUAAUAAUAAUACACUCAAUUCAACGUCAGUAUUAAUUAUUGACGAAGAUCUUCUACAUACAGCUAUAAUUCGUUUGUCAAAUGAAAAUGUAUCGUCGAACAACGAUCAGCAUGUGUUUGAUCGCAAUUAUUUACGUUUCAUAAAUCGAUCAUGA